AAGUUACUAGUUGCGUUUCGACGCUAGAAGUAAAACGUUAAAUCAACUUAUAAUUUGUUUUACGCUUAUUUUCGUAAACUACUAAAAAAUACUUGGGAAUUUGAUAGUCAAUAAAUUAUUUUUUUUCAUGUAAGAUGAUAUGUUAUUGCUAUAUUUGCAUGUAUAUGCAAAUCAUUGAAGUAGAUGCACCACAAAGGCGUUCAUGAGAAUAAAACAGAAUGCUAUAAAUAUCUUGUGACCUACGUUUUUAGUAUGGGACGUAGAAAAUAUACGUACACGUAGCCUGUCAAACGAAAUACACAGUUUAUUAUUUAGAAAUGACGACAGAGGAAGCAUUUCCGCCGAUCAUUAGGUUGCAGGUCGACGAUACGACAGCAUUUCUUCGCGCUGCUCGAUCUGGAAAUCUCGAAAAAGUGAUCGAAUUCCUCGAUACCGAUUUAGAUAUUAACACAGCUAAUUCAAACGGUUUAAAUGCUUUGCAUUUAGCAUCGAAAGAUGGUCACGUCGAAAUAGUAACGGAACUGUUAAAAAGGGGUGCUAAAGUUGACGCUGCUACGAAAAAAGGAAACACUGCAUUGCACAUAGCUUCUUUGGCUGGUCAAUCGGAGAUAGUAAGCAUUCUUAUUCAAUAUGGAGCCGCGGUAAAUAUUCAAUCACAAAAUGGUUUCACACCCUUGUACAUGGCUGCACAAGAAAAUCACGAUCAAGUUGUUAAAUUAUUGCUCAGCAACGGAGCUAAUCAAAGUCUCGCAACAGAGGAUGGAUUUACACCGCUUGCUGUGGCGAUGCAACAAGGACACGAUAAAGUAGUCAGCGUUCUUUUAGAGAAUGAUUCUAAAGGAAAAGUUCGACUACCAGCGCUUCAUAUCGCUGCUAAGAAGGAUGACUGUAAAGCCGCUGAUCUCCUCUUACAGAACGAUCACAAACCCGAUGUAACUUCGAAGAGUGGUUUCACGCCUUUACACAUCGCCGCUCAUUAUGGAAACGAAGAAAUAGCGCGUUUAUUAAUAAAACGUGGCGCCGAUGUAAAUUAUUUAGCAAAGCAUAAUAUAAGCCCGUUACACGUAGCGGCAAAAUGGGGUAAAAACAAUAUGGUUAAAGUAUUAUUAGAGAAUUCAGCUCAAAUCGAUGCGAAAACUAAGGACGGUUUGACACCUCUUCAUUGCGCGGCAAGAUCUGGCCACGAACAAGUAAUUACCACGCUUCUUGAACACUCUGCGCCUAUAAGUGCACGAACAAAAAAUGGACUUGCUCCGCUGCAUAUGGCAUCGCAAGGAGAUUAUGUAGACGCGGCCCGGGUACUUCUGUAUCAUCGAGCCCCUGUAGACGAAGUUACCGUUGAUUAUUUAACGUCACUUCACGUAGCCGCUCACUGCGGCCACGUUAGGGUCGCGAAAUUGCUUCUCGAUCGAAAAGCCGACCCGAAUGCACGCGCUUUAAACGGCUUCACACCGUUGCACAUUGCUUGCAAAAAGAAUCGAAUAAAAGUUGUUGAACUUUUGUUAAAGCAUGGAGCAUCGAUCAAAUCUACCACCGAGUCUGGACUGACUCCGUUACAUGUUGCUAGUUUUAUGGGAUGUAUGAACAUCGUGAUAUUUCUAUUGCAACACGAAGCCAAUCCUGAUGUGACAACAGUCAGGGGCGAAACACCUCUGCAUUUGGCAGCUAGAGCUAAUCAAACAGAUAUUAUUCGAAUUUUAUUACGAAACGGAGCAAAAGUUGAUGCUCGUGCAAGGGAGCAACAAACGCCUCUUCAUAUAGCAUCACGAUUAGGAAACAUCGAUAUUGUUAUGCUACUUUUGCAACACGGUGCAGCCGUCGAUACCACAACUAAAGAUAUGUACACCGCGUUGCACAUUGCGGCUAAGGAAGGUCAGGAGGAGGUUGCAACUAUUCUAGUGGAUAAUAAUGCCUCUCUUAAGGCGACUACUAAAAAUGGUUUUACCCCUUUACAUAUCGCAGCUAAAUACGGCAAUAUGAGCGUUGCAAAGAUACUUUUACAAAGAGAUAGCAAAUUAGAUGCCCAAGGAAAGAAUGAUAUUACACCGUUACAUUUGGCAUGCCACUAUGAUCAUCCAAAUGUUGCAAAUCUUUUGUUAGAGAAAGGAGCAUCUCCCCAUGUUGCUUCUCAAAAUGGACAUACUCCCUUACAUAUUGCUGCUCGUAAGAACCAGAUGGACAUUGCUUCCACUUUAUUAGAGAAUGGAGCAAAUGCAAAUGCCGAAUCUAAGGCUGGAUUUACACCACUGCAUCUGAGUGCACAGAAAGGACAUUAUGAUAUGACAAAUUUGUUAAUUGAACAUGGAGCUAAUCCAAAUCACAGGUCAAAGAAUGGUCUAUCCGCGUUGCAUCUGUGUGCCCAAGAAGAUUUUAUUAAAGUAGCAUCAAUUCUUGUGAAAAACGGCGCAAACGUGGAAAGUGAGACCGAAACUGGUUACCGGCCGAUACAUAUUGCAGCGCAUUUUGGAAAUCUUUCUAUGAUCCGAUUUCUUUUGAAACACAAUGCGAACAUUGAUGUGAGAACUAAUCAGAACUAUACUCCACUUCACCAGGCUGCCCAACAGGGCCAUGCUCAUGUAGUUACUGCUCUAUUAGAAGGGAAUGCCUCCCAUAAAGCAAAGACUAAGGAUGGUUUGACUGCUUUAAAUAUAGCUCAAAAAUUGGGAUACAUAUCUGUUACGGAAGUACUGAAAGGAUUGUCUUACGAUACGUUAACACCUGAUAAUAAAAAUUGGGACGAGAAGUACAAAGUUAUUGCACCAGAAAGUUUGCAAGAAACCAGUUUUAUGUCCGACUCGGAUGACGAAGGAGGUUCAGACACGUUAAUUAACGAACAACCAUAUCGGUAUCUGACAGCAGAUUUAAUGAAAAGUUUAAGGGAUGAUUCGUUGCCCAUUGACGUUACACGAGACGAUCCAAUACAUAGACAAGUUACAAAAGAAGAAAAGAAAGAAUUUACACAAAGCAAUAAUUAUUGCCUAGCAGAAAACUUUGAUACUGACGGAAUUAAUUUGGGCCGAUUGCAUUUCCGAUCAUUUUUAGUAAGCUUUCUGGUGGAUGCACGCGGAGGUGCUAUGAAGGGAUGUAGACACAGUGGCGUACGCAUUAUUGUACCGCCACGUAAAGCAACAAUGCCGAUUCGAGUUACCUGUAGAUUAAUAAAACCUAGUAAAGUUACAAAUCCUCCUCCUUUAAUGGAGGGGGAGGCGCUGGCAACUCGUAUCAUAGAGAUGGGACCAAUUGGUGCAACAUUCCUAGGGCCUGUUUUAAUCGAUAUACCACAUUUUGCAUCUAUUCGAGGCAAGGAAAGGGAGAUCAUUAUUCUUAGAAGCGAGAAUGGAGAAACAUGGAAGGAGCAUGACAAUUCUGCUGACAAUGACGAUACAUUGUUAAACACACCAUACGAUCCACAAAUGAGUGCUUCUCAUUCUGGCAGGAUUACUCGUAUAAUAACUUCGGAUUUCCCUCAAUAUUUUGCUAUUGUGACAAGAAUAAAACAAGAAGUUCAUGUCAUCGGUUCCGAGGGUGGAAUUUUAAUAUCCAGUGUAGCUAAUCACGUUCAAGCAGUUUUCCCACCAGGAGCUCUGACAAAGAAAAUUAAAGUUGGAUUGCAGGCACAUGUAAUUCCUGCAGAACUUACAGCAAAACUACUCGGCAAUUGCGUGGCCGUUUCUCCAGUGAUAACAAUUGAACCAAGAAGACGAAAAUUCCAUAAACCGAUUACAUUGACGAUACCAGUACCGCAAGCUGCUAAUAAAGGAAUGAUAAAUCAAUAUGGGGGUGAAACACCGACGUUACGUCUUUUGUGUAGUAUUGCAGGUGGAACAAGUGAAUCACAAUGGGAGGAUGUUACCGGAUCAACGCCACUAACUUUCAUGAACGAUAGAGUAUCCUUUACAACAACUGUCUCUGCUCGGUUUUGGUUGAUGGAUUGCCAAAAUAUAACCGCUGUUCCAAAAAUGGCUACAGAAUUAUACGAAGAGUCACUAUUUGUACCAUAUAUUACAAAUUUCGUGAUCUAUUCAAAACGAAUGGACGUCCUUGAAGCUACAUUAAGAAUACUGUGUAUGACCGAUGGAAAAGAAGGAAUUCACACAUUGGAGAGGCAAGAGGAAUUCGUCGAAAUUGUUAAAAGCCGUGACGUUGAAGUACUCGAUGGGAAGGAUCUUUACAUUGAAUUUAGUGGAAAUUUGAUACCCGUAACAAAAUCAGGCGUACAAUUAAAGUUCACGUUCAAAGCCUUCCGUCAGAAUCGUUUAUCUUUCCACGUGAAAGUAAAGGACCCGUUAUCAGACCCCGUAGCGAGGAUGCUGUUCAUGAAGGAGCCGAAGGUUGCUAAAGGAGAACCACCUCAGCAACCAAUUUGCGUCUUAAACAUUGUUCUUCCAGAGAUUACAACUAAACUUGAAAUUCAGCAAAAAUCUAAAGAUUACGAAGAUUCAAACAUCAUUAGCCAAAAAUGGGAUUCUUACGAAUCGAAAUACAAGAAGGAAGGGAAAGAGAAAAGCGACGAGCCGAAGGAUACCUCCCCUUCGGAAAAGAAAUUUAUUACCGACACCUUGGAAAAAGAACGAACAGAUGCUGUCACUAUCCACGAAUCCCUUGCGCAAAAAGCGGCUUCUUUCCUAGAAUCUGUAGAUGCUAGUUAUCCCAGUAAAGUAGUCGGCCAAGAGCAGGAUUUGUCGCCGAGUGUCGAGAGGCAAACGUAUUUCGAGAAGAGGAAGUUCUGGGAGGAUAUAUCAAGAAAGCGUGAAAGUUACCAACGAUCCGAAUCGGAAGUGUCGAGAUCCUCGCAGUUGACCAUCAACGAAAGUGAAACUGAGUAUGGUCACAGCGGUGUCACAGAGGACAUGGCAGAGAUUGGUCCUCAAGUCGAGAGCUCCGAGACGAUGGAAGACUUGAACGUGCCAGACAUUUCAGAAUGUUCGGUGGCGGAGAAAGCACAAUAUUUUGAGGAGCAGAUACAGAGAGAAACGACGAAGCUUCCGUCUAAAUUGCAGCAACAAGAUUCUUUGAAAUCUGACAAAGAGAAACUGACAAAGACUAAGGUGAGUGAUAAAGAAAAAGAGGACAAAGACGAGAAACAUACGAUGGAACUGAAGGAGAUUGAAAAGAUGGAAGAAAGGAAAGAGAUUAUCAGCUCCCAUCAAGUACAGAUGGAGAGUGUGAAGAGAGAGUUGGAGAAAUGGGUUGCCAAAGAAGAACAAUAUGAGAGUAAGGUAAUUACCGAUGAAGUUGCAAUGGAUGUUUCCAAAAAAGAAUUGAUUAGGGAGAAACGGGGUUACAUGGAAUCCGAUGAAGCUGUGACAGAAAAGGUGGAUGAACCUGAAAUAUUGAAGAAAGAUACUGAGAGUUUACAAGAGAAGAAAGAUGUGAAGAAAGUAGAGAAAGAUGUACAACAACCUGUAAGUAUACAGCAAGAAAUUGUAGAGAAAGAACGAAAAUCUGUAGAAGAGAAGCAAACAGAGGCAACAGAAAGCAUAAAAGAAAGUGUAAAAGAGAAAAAAGAAAAAGAGGACUUAAAAAAAAUUGAAGAAUUUGUUACAAAGAUGACUGAGCAGCAAGAAGAUAUAAGGAAAGAACAAAAACAAAAGGAAGAACUGGUGAUAGAAGUAGCAGAAAGUGGAAAAGAAAGCAUCAGACAAAAAGAAGAAAAAAAGGAUUCAAGAAAAGUGGAAGAAUCUGUUACAAAAGUGGCUGAGAAACAAGAAAGUUUAAAGAAAGAGCAAAAAGAAGAAAUUGUGGCAAAGUCAACAGAAGGUAUAAAAGAGAAAGAAGAAGAAAAAGAGGAUUCCAGAGAAGUGAAAGAAUCUGUUACAAAGAUAAUUAAGAAACAAGAGAGUAUGAAAGAGAAAGAAGAAAAAGAAGAGGAUACAAGAAAAGUAGAAUUUGUGGCAGAACAAAAAGAAAAAGAAACAUUUGUGAAAGAAGCAGUAGAAAGUAUAAAAGAGAAAGAAAAAGAAACUGAGACUUUAAGAAAAGUGGAAGAAGCUAUUACAAAAGUGACUGUGCAACAAGAACAGCAGCAACAAAAAGAAGAGAAAGAAUUUCUGACAGAAACAACUGUCCAACAAGAGGAUGUGUCAAAGAAACAAAAAGAAGCUGAAAUUGAAGAGAAAAGAGUGCCAGAGAUAAUCAAAGAGGAAGAAAAACCACAAAAGCCUAUUAUGGAAGAAAAACAGAAACAGAUAAAAAUAAUAGAAGAAAUGAAAGUCAAAGUACCUGAAGGAAUAAAAACGACAGACGUCGUUACAGAGAAGACAAACGCAAGAAGGGUAAUAACCGAACAAACCACUAUUAUUUAUAAGGUACAACAGGAUGGCACAUUGUUAGAAGAAAAAGUAACGAAAUCAGUUCAAAUAGAAGGCGAAGGAGGCAGGUUGGUUCAACUUCCUGAAGAGAGGAUAAAAACAAUUUCUGAAGAAUGGCAGGAUGUACAAUCCGCAGAAGUUAAAAAAGAACUAGAAAAGCUUCUGGAGAGAAAGGAAAAGAUGGAUAUAGGCGUUAAAAAAGAAACGGAAAAAAUUGAACAGGAAGCAAAGAUUGAAAAAUUAGAAGAAGUACCUUGCGUCUCUGAAUUGAUUACAAAAGAAGACUCACAACUCAAGGAAGAAGAAAAGCCAUUGUCAGAGAUCGAACCAAAACACACAAAGAAGGAAUUUGAGUCUCGUAUUCCAAUUUCAAUGGCAAAGAUGGACAAAGACAAGGUUCAAAAAGAAAAGCAGAAAUCUCCAACGGAGCCGAAAUCUCUGAGCAGAUCACCGAGCGACAAAGAUUCAAACGGCGAGAAAGAAGAUGUCGUUUCUCCGAGUAAAAAGAAAGAAUUCGAGUCUCGAAUUCCGAAACGCAUCACAGACGUAAAGUUGACGUCGGAAAAGGCAGGGAAAAAGGAGGCGCACGUUAAAAAGGAGAGCGAGACGAUCACAAUAACGGAAAAGAAGUCGAGCGAGGAGGUGACGUCAAAAUUGGAGGAGCAUUUGACAACAAAAACCGAAACGCAAACCUUCGCAAAAACUUUCACUGAUCCUCGAGAAGCAUUUAAAAUGUUCGAGGACAAAGACAUUGGAAAGAACGAAUUCGCGGUAGUCACAUCAAAAGUGGAUCACAAAGUUUCCAGCACGUUGGAAGAAAAAGAAGUGGUGUCCUCGGAGAUCUUCAGCGGCACUGACAGGGUUAUCACUUUGGAGGAAAAGGAACGAGUGGAGAAAAAGAAAUCCUCUGAAUCGCAAUUAAAAAAAGAAUCUCCCACAGAAACGUUGGAAGAGAAAUCGAGCAAACGCGAGGAGUUAGAUAAAACCGCGAUUCAAAAGAUGUCGAUGAACGUAACGGACACGAAAGAGAUUAUAGACGCGGCCGCUUCCGAGUCCAGGGUGGAAAUGAAGAACGAGGAAAUAAUUAAGAAAUUAUCGGAUAAAGAAGGAAUUACUACUCGCGAGGUAGGUAGCACGAUAUCGAGAGAAAGCGACGCAGAUGUGGCUAUUAGAAUAAAGAAGGACGUUUCGGGAAAGAUCGAUGACAAAGGCGACGCGCAGACAAUAAUGGAAAAAUUGAAACCGGAAACGGAAAAAAGAUCGACUCCCGUGGAUUUGGGCCAGGUAGAGACACUCGUUCAAGGAGAAUCUUAUAAAGAGAGCAAAGAGAGUUUCGAUGUUACUCGAUUCGAACCAAGCGAAAAAGCACGAAAAGACGAAGAUUCGAAAGAAGAUGAUCAGAAAAGUGUGAAGAUAGAAAGUUUAGAGGAGCAACAACGCCGGAAGUUUAAAGAGAUCGAAGCUCGUACUAUAGCGGAAACUCUGAUCCAAUCAAUCGAAAGCGAGAUAGAAGCAAAAUCCGCUGCGGAUUUGAAAGCGGAAUUAUUAAACAAAGGAUAUAUUGAACAGAUAAUGAGCGAUGAAAAGCUGGCGGACGAUCUGACACGCAAAUUCGAGAGUAUAAUGAAGAAAACGGAGAGGGAAGACUCGAGAUCGAUACCGGAAGAGUCUCACUCUAAAGACUCCACCAGAGAAAGUAUAAGCGAGGACAUCACCAGAGACGAAGAGUCGUCUUCGAAUGAAAAAGAAAGUUUACCUUUAUCCUCGUCUCAGGUGAAAUUACAGGACAGAGACAUUACCAUGAGUCCCAGUAGUAUAUCCGAGCAGAUAGACUUCGAGGAGACGAUCGACGUCGACACGAAUGAAUCGGAGGGCGUGUCUAAAGCCACUUCGAGCCUGCAAUUCGAGAAAGAGCAAUCCGAAUUGCCGAGGGAUUCCCGUAGCGAGGCUAGUUUUCCCCACGAUAAAAUUGUGUCUGAAAUUUCAGGCGCUAGGGUGCUGGAAAUCCUGGAGCCGAGUGGCGACGUACGGUCCAGGGAAGACUCGGUGGACGUGCCUUCGCUGGAGAUGGACGAACAGAAAAUCUCCGAACAGACCACCAGCCGGGGUAUACCGUCCCUAAGGGAGAGCGCGGAAAUGGAUUCGUUCGAGAGAUUGGUCCAAGAGCGGGACAUAACCAUAAGUCCCAGCACCGUGUCCGAGGACACUAACGUAGAUUACUCUUUGGUCCAAGAGCUGUCUCUCUCUGCGGCUAUGCAAAAGGACUACGAACCGGUAAGUACGAAGAGGACGGACAGUUUCGAGAUCGAGAGCCCUCCGAUGGUUUCGCCUAAGCCGAAGGUGCGGGGGCUGGAGAUCAAGCCUGUCGAUUGGAUGAUCGGGGACGAGAAGAUAGAAAUAUCCGAGACGCUCGAGCCGUCUCAGAUAUUCGAUCAGGAGCUAGAGGCGUACGAGACGAUGAAGAAGAAGGAGCGUCUGUCGUCCCAGGAUGGAUCCACCGACCAUGAGCAGGAAUCGGCUACCAAGUCCUCCGAGGACGUAAGUGUGAUAGAGCCAACAAAGGAUACUGUGUCCGAGGCUCGGGCGGCCAGCAAAAAUGAUAAAUUUACGGUCAUCACCGUCACUGAACAAGACUUUGAUAACGAGUUGGUGGAAAACAAACUGGACGUCAGCUGCCAGGAGCUGGUGGAUACACUGCAGCGCGAGUACGACGCGAAGACGCCGAUCAAAGAGUAUGUGGAGAGUAUGGAGGAGGAGAGGAAGUCUAGCGAAGAGGAGAGAAAGUCUAGCGAAGAGGAGAGAAAGUCUAGCGAAGAAGAGAAGAAGUCUAUCGCAGAAGAGAGAAAAUUUAGCGAAGGAGAGAAGAAGUCUAGCGAAGAGGAGAGGAAAUCUAGCGAAGAAGAAAGAAAGCCUAGCGAAGAGAAGAGGAAGUCUAGCGAAGAAGAGAAGAAGUCUAUCGCAGAAGAGAGAAAAUUUAGCGAAGGAGAGAAGAAGUCUAGCGAAGAGGAGAGGAAAUCUAGCGAAGAAGAAAGAAAGCCUAGCGAAGAGGAGAGGAAGUCUAGCGAAGAAGAGAAGAAGUCUAUCGCAGAAGAGAGAAAGUUUAGCGAAGGAGAGAAGAAGUCUAGCGAAGAUGAGAGGAAAUCUAGCGAAGAAAAGAAGUCUAGUGAAGAGGAGAGGAAGUCUAGCGAACAAGAGAAGAAGUCUAGCAAAGAAGAGAGAAAGUUUAGCGAAGAAGAGAAGAAGUUUAGCGAAGGAGAGAAGAAGUCUAGCGAAGAGGAGAGGAAAUCUAGUGAAGAAGAGAAGAAGUCUAGCGAAAAGGUCACUGUGGAGCCGGAGAGAAGGGAGAGACGUAGUAGUUUAACCGUUCCCAGUGAAUUGCAUAUCGAGAAACCUUCAGAACCAAUGAAGGAGGAGGAGAGGACAGCUGUUGAGGAUAAAAUGAAAGCUAGGGAAAACGUUGAAACCGAAUCAGAAAAAUCGUCCAAGGACGAGAGAAAAGCUGAAGAAAAGGCAACGGAGCCUGAAAAGACCCAAGAAGAAGAACCUGAAAGAACUAUUCGCGUUGGCGAUGCUUUGAAAGAAUGGACGGAGGCUUACCUGUCGAAGAUGAAGCCUUCUGGUGACGACUACAAGAGACACGUGGAGAAAAGCACUGAGAAACACGAGAAACCUGGAAGAUCUAUAGUUCCUUCCGACACUUGUGCCUUUAAAAUAAAGAAAGACGAUCGUAACGUCGAUUUAAGCGCCCGGUACGCUAUAACAGUCCUAGACCAGGUAGUUAAAAAGGAGAUCGACGAGGUGAAGGAAUCUCUGGAGGCGGCUAAGCAGGAUCUGAUAGAGGAGUUGAGCGAGAAUAGCGAAACUGUGAUUCAAAUAAAAGACUCACCGUCGGAGUUCCAGUUUAAAUUACAACCGGAAUCAAUCCCAAACGACUUGCCGUUUUUAUACAAAUCACCCUAUCCCGAGCAAACAUUCGAGCCAGAAGUAGAACCAGUAGAUACGCGCUAUUCCCCUGUCGAUAAAACAAUGUCCGACGAUGCCAUGCCUCGGACGGAGGAUGUCGUCGAGAGCAAGGCGGACGUAGAAGAAUCCGGUUCCAGUAGUACCGAGGAACCGGUACGCGUCGGUAAAGAAGAGACGCUGGUGAAAAUCGAAAAGUCUGAUACUGAAACUGCGAUAACCGUCCAAGAAGAGCCGAAAGACGAGGAGGAGGAGUAUCGUAGUCCCGUGCCCGCCAGUAGAUCGGGUUCGGACGUAGACAAUAAAGACGAGAGUUCUUCUUUGGCCCUGCCGCGGCCGGUGCUCAGAAGGCGACAGAAGCCCGGCAGAUCUUCGAAACGAGUAGUCACUUCGGAGAGCGAGGCGGAUCUUGGCUCCAGCUCCGGGGAAAGUAGCAAUUAUCAAUCAUGUGACUACGAGAUCGGUAGCGGCAGUCGGCCCAGUUCCUCCGACGUGGAGGCUUUUCAAUCCUGCGGUGUUCCUUCGGCGACCGCCUCCGAGUAUGAAACGGCGGCAAUGUCGAUAGAACAUUCCUCGGCUUCGAGGCCGACAUCUCAGGAGUAUCACACAGCCGCCACGACCAUGAGCUCGCGCGAGUCCAUGAAGUCCUUGGCCUCUUUUAGUUCCGGGCAUUUGGGCAGCAUCGACAGCACUAGCGAGCUGUCGGAGACUCUGGUGCCCUCCGAGGCGGACGUGGAGAAGGAGGAAGUGGAGGAGAAUCUUAAGGGCGAGUUGGACGAAGAGCAUACGGAUAGGUCCGACUCCUCGGGUAGCGACAUACCGAUGGACGAGCCUAUGGAUAAGCUCGAGGGCAAUAUACCUUGUCGCAUGAAACGAUCCUCCGAGAUGAUCUUCCCGCAGAUGAUGGAGUACGCCGAGCUGGAGGCAGAGGAGAAGGACGCUAAGGGGGUAGAUUUUGCUACAUCCACUGCUACCUCGACACCCGGUGCCCUUCAGUCCGUGGACAUAAUGACGUCUAGAGUGUCCGAGGAUGGAGUACAAAGCGUGUGUACUCAAGUGAUCUCGGUCCAGGCCCCUACGGAAGAGACAGCUUCAUCUCUGACGAAGGUUGCCAGUGAAAUUUCCGAGAUGGAGAUAACCGAGAAAGACAGUGAAACACAAGCUGAAUCCGAGUUUUUUAAUCAAAGAUCCAUCGCUGAAGGUGUAACAAGCGAGAGUCCUGAAAUGUCCGUGCAGACAGCCACCCCGUCGUCCAUGAUACAGCAGGCAAGCAUGUCCACUUCUUCGACCUCGGGUGCGUCCAUCGAGACUGUAAUAGGGAAAGAGAAGUCGGACCGCCAUUCACCGGACAGCGAUUCCUUCGAGAUGAUCGACAAACCCGACAUCAUCGACGACUUCGUGGUAGUUGAGGAGGUCGGUCGAGAGGCCGAGGAGUAUGACUCCGAGGGUAAGAGCAUAUGCAUCAGCGCUAUGCCGCAAACAAGUAGUAAACAUUACGACCGAGACCUCGAGAACCUUAUAUCCAAGGAAAAAGAAGAUCCCCAAGCAUCGGUGGUUAAAGUAUCGAAGAACAAUGAGCUCUUCGACUUCGAGUCCGAGGAGAGCCCGCCUCAAGUUUCCAACGAUGAUCAGUAUUCCCAGUCUUACUCGGAUGAAGAGCAAUAUGAGGGUGGUAAAAAGUGGAUAGAGAUGCAGUUCCACGCAGACACCCGGGCGUACGACAUCGAAUACGACAGAGGUCCCCUGGAGGACAUCAAGGAAGAAGAGAUCACCGACUUCGAGGCUGGUAGCAGUAGGUUCGGCAGUUUGGGUAGCCACAAGGAAUCCAUAGGAAGUGUGGGUAGCAUGCGGGGCAGCUUGGGAAGCACUCCGGACUACGACGUCCUGGCCGGCAAAAAGUACUUCACUAGACCGACCGACCACGACAACGUGUCCUUGAGUUCGUUGCAGGAGUUCGAGCACCUGGAGAGCACAGUGGCAGCUGAGAAUGCGAAAAAGUUCCAGUGCGGUUCCCAUGAUUCCGUGAACAACGGCAGUCUUCCUAGGAGAUACACAGCUAGCAAAUCCGGCCACGGUGACGACAUUUCCUUGUCUUCGCUGAAGGAUUUCGAAGGGCUGGAGAAAGCUUGUAGAGAAGCACAUCUGAUCGAAAUGCGUGCCAGGGAAGAGGAGGACCUAUUGGAGCACGAGAGUCCCGAGAACAAAUACAAGCUGGAGAGUCUGGUGCGGACGAGGGUGGACACCAGCGCGGCGGGUUCGUUCAACGCGAGCGCCUCGGGGUCGGACGAUUACGAGAAGAGGAUCAAGGAGAUCGACGAGAUUAUACGCAUAGCUCAAUCGAACGUGGAGAAAUUCGAUCGCCAGGACGACACCACGGAAGACAUUUCGCAGAUUGAAAUUAUGGACGUGGAGAAGACGGAGACUCAAGCAGCCGCGCAGGUUGCUCCGAAGCAGGAAACACCUGAAACUGUGCCGCUUCAGAAGGACACCAACAUUAUGGAAACGAGUACCGAUUCUCUGGAAUUGGAGGAUAAUACGGAUAAGAAACAUCAUCCGCUUUGUCGAAGCUCAGAUUCUUUAGAGAUGAAAACUACUCUGGAUUAUCCUUCGUUGAGUUCUGAUUCCUUGAAUAAUGUACGCGAUGCGAAGGAGACCCAAUCGGACAUGGUUGGUCAGCCUAGCAGCGUUAGACGUAUUUCCUCGGACUCGUUGGACAUGCCUUUGCUCGAUCAACCAGAGGCUGAAGCUCAUGGAAGAAGUAACGAAGACGAUCGUCCGGACGAUAUCGUGUCGGACAAUUCUUUGGAGCAAAGGUCCGAGAGAACGGAAACCGACGCCAGAAGCAACAAGAAGAGGACAACGUCCAGCACCGAUACGUAGGAAUACUUUAGUAGAUAGAAAACUACCAAGGUGAAUUUGUUACGACAUUGGUUUCUAAAGCCACAACGAAGUAUCGUCGGCACCGGGUAAGGCGGAUGCUUUACGCGUGUACAACAAAACGUAAUUAAAAAGAAAAAGCAAACCAAAUGACGUACCAAAGAAGUAGGUACUUAGGCGUUGUGCAUGUACAAGGUAUUCACGCGUUUAUCUUUGUUUCUUUCUCCAAUAAUAUUUAUUUUUUGUUACGCUUAAGUGAAACAGUUAUGGUUUACGAAAUAUACCAUUGUUACCGAAAUAACGCAUUAGAUAGUAACGUGAAUUACGCUUAAUUAUUUCGCAUUAAUCGUAAGUUUAUCAUAUUAAAUAUUUGCCGUUGCUCUGAAUUUUUAUUUAAUCAAGUAAUCGCGAAUAUCUUGCUUGAAUGUUCAUGGUUGUUUAAAACAAUUAAUUUAUCAUUGUAAAAUUGUACUUCAAAUGUUUAUACGUCCUACAUAUAUUAUAUAAUACUAUUGUAUAAUGUCAUGUUUUGUAAAUUUUUCAAUUGUAAAGUGUCUUUUUGACUACGUCUUUUUUUUAAACGUGUUGAUCAUUCCGAACACUUUACAUUACGCAGAUAAUUUUGAGGAACGUUUACGAGUUCUGAUACUUGUUAAUCUUAAUUGCGAGUGUUCACGAAAGAACAAAUAUCUAUUAACUAAAUAGGAAAUUUUAUAUACAAAACUGUAAUGUUUAAAAUAUUAGGAAGAAAGUAACGGAAAGAAUACAUUCUCUAACUAUAUUAUAUAAACGCAUAUGCGCAAAUGUUGUAGACAUUUUAUAUGCGAAAACUUUAAUCGACAUAAGUGGUUGCUUUCAUCAUUUUUGCUAACGAUCAAUUACAUGUAUUCGAUCCAUUGUACAAGUUCUGUGUUAUAUCAAGAAUUUAACGAUGUCUUUUCGUUUAUCUUGAAAAUCUGUUUUCUUUUCAUCGAUGAAAAUAUAAACCUUUACGAACGAAA